AUGGGAUCAUGCAUUAGAAAAACAACCGGUACGACAAAACAACACCCUUGUGGUGGCAAUCCCUGUCCUCGUUGUGGAAAAUGCACUGAUUGGACUUAUGAUGGUGAUUUAAAGGGUGCUAUGGAGCAUUGGAUGCGUGGCGAAUCUGAUGAAAUAACUGAUCAGAAGCGUUGGCAUCGUCAUCCUGGUGCAACAUGUGCUUAUAUUGCUAUUCGUGCUCGUCGUACUGAUCAUGUCUGUCAAUGCGGUUGA